UGACCAAUUUCAAUGAAUAUUUAUCAUUUCUAAUAUGAUUAUUCAUUGCCAUUGCAUAUUAUAAUAUUUGUGUCAUUAUCGUUACCUAGCAUCAUGAAUUAUUGAUUUGCCUGGGCUGCUAUUCCGUACACGAUUACACGAUAGUUAUCGGUUCGAUAAGUUGCGCGUGUAUUUUGAUAUAUAAAAAUAUAUGUGCGCAACGACAAUUAUCGAACCGACAGUUAUCGAACUAUCGAUAAUAGUGUACGAAAUAGCGGCUCUGGAAAUGAGAAACAUCACAGCAAAAUACAAGUAGAAUAAUUUUAACAAUUAUAAAAUAUGAAUAGAAUAAUUUCAUAAUAAAUUUUAACAAUUUACAUUGCUAAAUUGACUUAUGCAUUAGACUAACAAAUAGUUUCCUUUUUAAUGUCAAAGAUUCAAAUCGUAGCAUAUAUUUAUGUUAAGACUUUUUCUCCUGAACUAAAAAAAGAUAAUCCCACAGUCACAAUGACCGUGGAAGAAGUAAUAAAUAACCAGCGUAAACAAGUCGUAAAAGAAACAAUAACUUUAAACAAUAUGUGAAAGAACUUUAAACAAUAUAUGUAUACAUUUAUGAUUUUAUGAGAUUCUUUGAAUUAAUUUUCUUUUCCUGCAAUCUUUUAUUUUGGUUCUAGUGCUAGCGCCUCAGUAGUAGCGUUUGAUCUGCAGAGAGAAGAAGAGUUCUUCAUCAAUUUUUGUCAGUCUGCAUUAGAUUGCUGUUACUGCGACGUAAAUUUCAUAAAAUAAUCCAAGUUACGUCCACACAAGAGUGAAUAAACUUUCUGUACGUUGUUCUCGAGACGUAUAUUAUAAGAAAAAAUGGCAGUAGAAUUUGCGGAGAUAAAAUUGUCUGUACCCUGGGGUCACGUUGCCGCUAGAACUUAUGGUUCUUCCACGGGACAGCCAAUCUUAGUAUUGCACGGAAUUGAAGAUAACGCUGGAGCGUUUACCAGAUUGAUGAAAUAUUUACCAAAAAAAUCAUUUUAUUACGUAUGCGUAGAUUUACCUGGUCAUGGCUGGUCAUCAUCCUUUCCAUCUUGGAUGAUGAUAGACUGGAUGGAUUAUGUACACUCAUUAUAUUUCAUCUUAGACGCACUGCAAUGGAAAACAUGUACUGUUCUAGGACACAGUUUAGGGGGGCAGACAGCUUUAAUGUUCAGUAUUUUCCAACCAGACAGAUUUGAGAAGAUAAUUACUAUUGAAGCAUUACUAAUGAUGCCUCUGUUUGUGAAAGAUCUAGUAACAUAUUUUCAGAUUGCAUCUGCACUCUCAGUAAAAGAUUAUCGUGAAAAAUUUAAUAAAAAACCAUCACUUUUUACUAAAGAAGAGAUAUUACACUCUCUUAUGUCUAAAAGGUACACACCUUUGAAUUAUGAAGCUGCUGAUGCGAUAUUUGAACGUUCAGUUACGGAAGAAAAUGGAAAGUAUAUACAUAAUAGAGAUGUACGAUUAAAAAACAAUCCUUUUUCUUGGAUGUUAAUGAAUGAGUGUAUAAAAUUAAAUGAAAGGCUUCCAAUGAUACCAAUAUACGUUCUUGUCGCAUCUCAUGGUGCUUUUGCUCCAUUUAAAGAAGAAUGUGAAUUAAUAUUGGACAUAAUGAAAGCUAAAACCAUGUUGGAGGUAAUUUAUGUAGACGGAAAUCAUGACGUUCACAAUAAUGAUCCUGAAAAAGUCGCGCCAUUUAUAUGUAAAAUAUUGAAUAGCAGCAACUCCAGCAAACUAUAGAUAAACGUGUGUGUGUGUGUGUGU